GGCAAGUAAAAAUAGUACGCGAAGACACACAAAGAAGAAAAACUGCAGGUGUAACGCAUGCACCAUAACGAAAACCAUAACAGGAUGUACCAACCCAUACAAAUGCUUCCAAAAGGCAGAAGAAAUGCUCGACUCACUAGACCCAAAAUGGGACCCCAGAAAAAGACAACCCGAAGACUACGAAGAACAAUUAGUACCACAAGCGCCACAGGACGAAAACUCAAAAACCACCGAGAUCGACCAAAGAAUAACCACGAAAGGCUCACCUGCGGACGUAUUUAGAAUAUUCACGGAGGACGGGAAAAACACGAGCCCGGAAGCGCCAUACCUGGAACACGCAAAGAACCCAGAGGACGAAACAGUGGAACUCACAGUGUACACAGACGGUUCGGCAACAAACAAUGGGAAAAAUAACACAGAGGCAGGUUCAGGAAUCUUCUUCGGAGACAACGACGAACGGAACAGAUCUAUCAGAAUACCAAACGAAUUUGGCCCAUCUAACCAAGUUGCCGAGAUAUUAGCAGUGAAAGAAACCAUCGAGAUGUGCCCACUAGGCGCACCUCUCCACAUAUACACAGAUUCGAUGUAUACAAUAAACACCCUCACGAAGAACCUUACCAAAAUCCAAGACGAAGGAUUCUUCCUAACAGCAAAUAGCGAUAUAGUAAGAACGACAGUCACAAAAAUACGAAACAGAAGAGCGAAAACGAGACUCACCUGGGUCAAAGGCCACUCAGGCAUUGACGGAAACGAGAAGGCCGACAAAUUAGCCGAUAUCGGACGAAAAAAGAACGACCCAGACAUCAUCGACACCCAGGUAAACGAAAACCUUAAAAUACACGGCGCAAAACUAGCAACGAUGACCCAAUCCCUAGCAUACAAAAUAAUCAGGAAAAUCAAAAUGAAGAACGACAGAUACCAAGAUGCCCUCGAGAGGAAGACCACAAGAAAAAACAUAGACCUGGCAAUGGGAGCCACAGAAGCGGUGAACGAAGACCACACAGAGGCGACCGAAGCGACCGAACAACAGAUCUGGAAGGGCGUCAGAAACAAAGACUUCUCGAGAAGUAUAAGAUACUUCAUGUGGAUGACAAUCCACGGAGCGUACAAAGUAGGUCACCACUGGACCAAGAUCCCAGGACACAAAGAGAAAGCAACGUGCAACAUCUGUGGAGAUGACGUAAUCGAGUCAAUGGAGCACAUCCUCCUGCGCUGCAACGCAGCCGGCCAGAAGCAGAUAUGGGCGCUGGCGAACCGGAUAUGGCAGAUGAAAACCGGUAAAGACCUAAACCCGACCUUCGGGUCAAUCAUAGCCUGUGGAGCCAUGAAUACGAGGAACGAAGGACUAUCGAGACUACUCAGAAUCAUAACUUCAGAGUCAGCGCACCUAAUAUGGAGGCUGAGAUGCGAACGUGUAAUCCAAGAAAAAGCCGAAGCAACAGAACAAGAGAUCAAGAACAGAUGGAUAAAUGCUAUAAACUUGAGGCUAUUAACAGACUGCAAGAUGACGAACGAAGGAAAAUACGGCUCCAAGGCAAUCAAAGUCUCCCUGGUCCGGAAGACUUGGGCGAAAACGCUAGCGAACAAGGUGAAUCUCCCGAAGAACUGGACCAAGGGAGGCGGGGUUUUGGUGGGUGUCGGCUAGGAAGGGGCAAUGAAGGAGCUGACCGAUCGGCUCCCGAGCCGCAGAGCCGAAGCCCCACACAUGGCAUCGCGGGCAACCGGAUGUAACGUGCGGAUAACUUCGGUUAUCAAGCGCAUUUCCUUGUGUGAACAACCCUCAACAGGCUGGGUCUCUCAAGUCCAAAGCCUACAAAAUGACGAGAGUAAGACGGACGACUAGGUCGGACCAUCUUCCUCUGUAAACGUCCCACAAAAAAAAAAAAAAAACAACUUGUCUGAGCCAGUGGCUGUACACGUGGCAUGACUUUAGAUCCACUCGUGAUAUGACCUUCACCUCCUCCCCACCGUCGACGAUGCUGUGCGCAACAACCGACCACAGCUUCUUCAGCUCCCCUCCGCGGCACGCUACCCACACUCUCCCCUGCCCACCGCACGUCAGGACACGCGUAGUCAAGCGAGUCGUCGCCAGCCCCACACCCUCGACCUCCAGCCCGGCGCGUGCGUCCAAGUCGACCCCGGCGUCCCCCCUCUCCACGCCCCCCACCUCGUCCCCCAUCUCGAGCCCCACGCGCAAACGCAAGUCCCCAGCCGCGGACGCCGCCGCCGCGCCGGACGCCCCCCCAGGCGCACACGCAGAACCCGCCGCCGCCGUGCCGCGGCAGGUCAAAAAGCUGCGCGGCGACAAAGAAAAACCGCGCAGGCGCGCCGUGCCGCCCGCCAAGGCCGCGCGACGCGCCGCGAGCGAGAACACGUCCGCGCGCUCGACGCCGGAGCCCAUCUACCGCAGCGCGCGGUCGCGCUCGGGGUCGUACUUCUCCGUCGAGACCGGGCUGGCGCCGCAGCGGCGGUCGUGGAGCGCCGAGGCGGAUGCGGGCGACGACCCGCACCAUUUCAGCUCGGAGGACGCGGUUGCGCUGCUCCUGCGGACCUACUGUGGAUACUUUAAGAACCCUGACGAUCUGGCUGACACCUCGUUCAAGCCACAUCCGACCAACUACCCUGUGGUUGAGCUUGAGUACCCGAACUCGAAUGCCGCAGAAAGGUACAGUAUGCUGCAGUCCAUGCACAAGGACCAUUAUAAUCCUAUCAUGGAUGUCGAGCAGUCGUUAUAUAUGAUAGUUGACCGCUACCUGACGCCUUCCCAGCAGAAGCUCUUUGGGCCAGUCCCAAAAGGUAGCCACUUCACCUGGGAAGAAUCACCCUCGCCGAUCCCCUCUACAUCGUCAGACGUAUCUGACGACGAGGACCACCCUAUGCUGGAGACCGCGCCGGGGCGGCUGCCGCUUCUGCGUCAAGUCCAGCGUGCGAUCCACAUGCGCAACGGGCCCAUGUUCCUGCAGGCCUUCCACGACAUCAACAAGAUCCUGCGCCGGUUCAAGUACCCUGCGCUCCCACGGACGAACUCGCUGAUGCAGAUGGUGACGAAGUGGACGGACGCGGGGCUCCCGAAGCAGGUGCUCAUGCGCGUGAUCGAGGAGAACUACCAGCGGAGCGUCGGGCCGCAUGUGCAGAAGCUGAAGCACUACGAGGCGUUCUCGAGCGCGGUGUACGGGGAACUUCUCCCGUCGCUCGUCUACGACAUCGUCGUCGCCACGGGGCUCAAAGAGAACUCGCUGUUCCUGGAUCUGGGGAGCGGGGUCGGUAAUGUCGUUGCGCAGGCGAGCUUGCAGUCCGGCUGCAGGAGCUACGGGAUCGAGCUUAAUCCCACGCCGGCGAAAGUGGCGCGGGACAUGGCGGAGCACUUUCGGGUGCGCUGUCGGAUGUGGGGCUUGAGGCUGGGCGAGAUCGAGCUCGAGGAGGGCGAUAUGCUGAAGAGUGCGCGGGUCAACGAGCUGAUCAGCCAGGCCGACGUCGUGUUGGUCGACAACAAGGUCUUUGAACAGAGCCUGAACGAGCAGCUGCGACCUAAAUUCCUAGAUCUGAAAGAGGGCGCCUAUGUCGUGUCGCUGGCGCCGUUUGUGCCUUCUGUGAACGCACGGCUCACGGAACGAAAUGCGAGUGCUUUCCGUUUGGUGGACGACAUCAGCGCGAUCUUCGACGUGACGGAGAUGGAGUACCGCUCGGGGAGCGUGUCGUGGGGCAACAGCGGAGGGACGUACUACAUCCACCGUGUCGACCGCGAGGGAUAUGCCGAGAUCCUGAAACGCUUCGAGAGCUCGCGGGGCGGGGCGCGCCCGGCGCGGCGGCGGGCCUGACGGCGCGAAUGUGUUUCCGUGUGUGUGUACAUUAUCGUGCGUGGCCGGACGAUGGGACUUGGGUGGCCCCCGUCCGGCGCUGCGGUUGUAGCAGUGGGCGGUCGAUGGUGCUCUCUCGCCCCCGCUGCGUUUGAUGGUUUCAGACUUUUGUGUGCGUUAGUAUACCUCCCUGUCCUGCGUAAUUGUUCGUGUACUUUAUUGACUUUUAUUUCUCUGGCCGCGCUCUGUCGUGUGCUUGGCGGUGGAGAAAGCCGCACGUAUCUAUUUAUGUAUCGCACAGAAAUCUGUGAUGGCCCAAGAUGCACGAGAGGCGUUUCACCGCGUCCAUGCUCGACGCACAGCCCCGCCGGCCCUGCAUGCUUAUAACAAGCGGACGGCUGAUGCUGAAGCACGAACCCCCUCAUUCAUGCUUAUGUCACCGCCCUCUGCUCUGCUCGUUGCGUUAUGCCUGAUCUCUCCCGCGCUCGCGUGGAGAGAUUGCGUCAACGGCCUGUGCGUCAGCAGCACGCCACCCCCGAUCUUCAUCGUAGUCAUCGUGAUCAUCGUCGUCCUGGCGGUGUGCUCGUUCGGGUUCGCCGCGCUGCGCUACGCGCGGCUGCGGAGAAUGCAGGGGAUCCGGCAGACACAGUCCACGUAUAUCAUCGGAGGAGCGGGGUAUCCGGCGACGACAAUAUAUACGCCGGACGUGCCGCCUCCGACGUAUUUUCACAGUCCCGGUCACGUGCACCACCAUCACCACCAUGAUCAGACGAUGCAAAUGGCUGCGAUGCAGAACAACAAUACCAUGGGUAUGAAUACGACGGCAGGUGGAUUUUCUGGGCCUUGAGUCUCGGAGGCUGUAUGUAUAGUAUACUGGACUAUUAUUUCUGCAAUGCUGUAUUUCUAUCCACUGAUUCAUGCAUCUUCG